CAGGAGGAGCCCCAGGAAUAUAUAGACCACUACAAUAACCAAACCAUGAAAUGAAUAAUAAAAUUUGGGCCAAACACAAGAUUAAUGAGUUUCCUAUUAUCAUUACCACCCUAUGCAGCCUUCUCUCGCCAUUCCCAUUGGAUGAACUUGCUUUCCGAUAUCUUUUUAGCAGAGCAGGUGGAUGUAGUGGCAAGAAGCCUGGACUGAUACCAUGUUAGGUGGUAAUAUCAUACACGCUACAGCGCAGCCUGGAGUCAAGAGUGAAACUGGAUAAUGAAGUAAGACCUAAGACCUGAGACAAAGGGAAGGACAGAUGGCGGUGGCUGCAGAAGUUUAAUCAGCUUUCCUGAGGCACAGAGUAGGAGGAGGACGAUGGUGAGGAGCAGCAAUUCACCAACCUGCGUGGACACAUUUAUACGACAUGUGCCCCUGCUUCAUACUACAGGACUGCGAUCUAUGAUGGCUUCUCUGUCCAACACAGGUUACUGAUGAUGGAUUAUUUCACCCAACGGGCGAGACCCCACACGUAUCUACAGAACAACUCCCAACGAUAGUUUGUAAUAAAUGUUUUACAAAAUAUAUUUUUUUAAAUUUAUGGAAUUACUACUGUGCCUCAAGAUGUAUUUUUUUCUUUUGAGAAGAAAUCUUGCCGCUUUGCUUCAUAUUUUUGAAGUGUUAUUUUUCAGUCUCCCGACAGUUAAGUCGCAGGGUCUUUUUCCUGCGCUGGAGAACAUAGCAGCGUUAAAACCCAUAUACACCGAUCCACCUGAAGCUACCUGCGGAAUCCCAAAAAGAAGCGUCUUUUGUCAAAGCGAUGCGAAUCUACAGAGUCUCCAGACCUGUAAUCAACGGCUAUGCGUACAGGACUGUCCAUACAGAUCGGUUUCUCCAGGCUUCCAUCAGCUUCUUCAGGGGGAUCUUGGCAUCUGCGUCAGGAAAGACACUAUCGAUUUACCCCCAAAGUCUGUCAAAAAUGCCACCAGCUUCAUAUUUUAUGAUCACAAAGACUGUUUUGUUGCUGCUCCUGCUUUAAAAAUUGGAAAUUCAUUCACCCUGACCACGUGGCUGAAACCGGAGGAGGACGGUGAAAUGUGUGUGAUAGAAAAGUCUGCUGAUGGGCAGAUUGUGUUCAAACUCACAAUCUCCGAAAAAGAGACGGCGUUUUAUUAUCGCACAGUAAAUGGUUUGCAGCCUCCUAUAAAAGUAAUGACACAGGGGAGAUUUCCUGUGAAGAAAUGGAUUCAUCUCAGUGUGCAGGUACAUUAUACCAAGUUUGGUUUUUUCAUCAAUGGGCCUGAAGAAGAUCUAACACCAUUUGAAGCAAGGUUUCUUAUUGAUCCCAUUUAUGAAUCCAAUACUGGAAGUGUUUUAAGACUUGGACAAAGUAUAAAUGGGUCGGAUCAGUUUAUUGGAAGGAUGCAAGACUUCCGGAUGUAUCAGGAAGCUCUAACAAACAGGGAAAUCUUGGAGGUGUUCUCUGAAAAGUUUACCCAUGUCCAUAUUCAGUCGGAAUGCAGAUGCCCCAGCAGCCACCCACAUCUUCAUCCCGUGGAGGGAACCUACUGUCUGCCAAAUGGGGUCUACAACACAACGAAGGAUAAAGUUUUAAGGCUAAAUAGAGAUGCCCACCCGGUGUCUUACAUAAAUGAUAAUGAUCUCCAGACCACGUGGAUUUCUUCUAUUUUGUCUGACUUGGAAAGAGGCCUAAGUAUUACGCUGGAUUUAACCAAUGGACAGUAUCAGAUAUUUUACGUCACUAUUCAUUUCUAUAGCCCAAUGCCAAAGGCUUUAAAAAUCCAAAGGAAAAAAAAUAGAAAUUCCUUCUGGGAAGACUGGCAGUAUUAUGCGAGUGACUGUCAAGACUUUGGAAUGGAAAAUAAUGGAUUUUUAGAAGACCCAAAUUCUGUCAAUUGUCUGCAGUUUCCCAGAGACGCUCCCUAUUCUAAUGGAAAUGUCACUCUAAGCCUCCUGACUCCGGAGCCCAAUCACCGUCCGGGUUACAAUGACUUCUAUAAUAACCAGGACCUUCAGGAGUUUGUUAAAGCGUCUCUGGUGAGGAUUCAGUUAUUAGGUCAAUAUCAUACACUGGAGUCUAAUGUGAGUUUCCGACAUCGGUAUUAUGGCGUUAGUGAAAUCAACAUCAGUGGACGAUGUAAUUGCCAUGGGCAUGCUAAUUCUUGUGAUACAAGCGUUUCACCUUACAAGUGCCUAUGUGACACGCAGAGCUUCACCGAUGGGGAUACAUGUGAUCUCUGCCUGCCCCUCUAUAACAACAAGCCUUUUCGUCAAGGUGACCAUGUGAACGCUUAUAACUGCGUGCCGUGCCAGUGCAACAACCAUUCAUCCAGCUGUCACUAUAAUGCAAGUGGAGACCCUCACCCCGAUGACCACGAGCGAGGAGGCGGGGGGGUGUGCGACAAUUGUUUGCACAACACUGCAGGAAGAAACUGUGAAGUUUGCAAGAUUUUCUUUUACCGGAAAUUUGAGGCUGACCCAUCUGCCAUUGAUGUAUGCCAGCCCUGCGACUGCAAUGAGGCUGGCACUGCUAACAAAAGCCGGGAAUGUGAUGAGCUCGGAGGUCAGUGCAGAUGUAAAGCGAAUGUUUGGGGCAGGAGAUGUGAUCAGUGCAAAGAUGGAUUUUACAAUUUGCAGGAAUCCGACCCUAACGGCUGCCAACCCUGUCACUGCAACACAUCCGGAACGAUCGAUGGAAGUCACAUAUGUCAUCGUGUCACAGGCCAGUGCCAGUGCAAAACACACGUCAUUGGUCCCCGGUGUGAUGGCUGCAAACUGGGCUUCAAACAAGACACAUUAGGGCAGGAGCGCUGUAUACAAUGCACGUGCAGCCCUUAUGGCGCCAUCAAUCAAUUUUGCAAUCCAGUCAGUGGACAAUGUAAAUGCGGAGAGAAUGUCAGUGGACUCGGCUGUGACACCUGUAUUGACAACUAUUAUGGGUUGGAGGCUGACGGUUGUAAAGCCUGCGCGUGUCACGCGGAAGGGAUUAUCCCUGGAACAGUUUGUGAUGCCGUGACAGGACAAUGUGUUUGUCAGCCUAAUGUUGGCGGAAGGCGGUGCGAUGAAUGCUCCGAGGGCUACUACAAAUUCACACAAAAGGGCUCUACGUCCUGUCUCCCCUGCCGCUGUGAUAGAUCGGGGGCAAUAAACGCUUCUCAGUCAUGUGACCGGUUAACGGGACAGUGCCUGUGCAAGGCCUCGGUGACAGGUCAGCGGUGUAACGUCUGCAUCGACCGCACCUACGAUCUGUCUAGUGAAAAUAUUUGGGGCUGUCAGGAUUGUGACUGUGACCUUAAUGGAACAUUACCGGGCUCGGUGUGCGACCGGAUCAAUGGGCAAUGUCAAUGUCUGCCAAAUUAUCAAGGAAGGAGAUGCAGCCAGUGUAAGCCUGGUUUUCACUUGUCUAGGGAUAGUACGGGAUGUAUGCCCUGUGCUUGUCACCCCCAAGGAUCCAUAAAUGCCACCUGUGAUGAUAUAAGCGGGCAGUGCUAUUGUCAGGACUCCUCCAUAUCAGGACUGAAAUGUGAUCGAUGUGGGGAGACAUUCUAUGGAUACGAUUCAGAUACUGGAAGAUGUCGGCUUUGCUCAUGUAACAAAGCAGGCGCUGUCAAUACCAGCUGCCAUGCCACAACUGGUCAGUGCUUCUGCAAAGAAUUUGUGAGCGGUAUCAAUUGUUCCCAAUGUAUCAAAGGUUCUAGCAGUCUGGAUGGGAAUAAUCCAUAUGGGUGCAGUGCAACUCCUUCACAACAACCCCCUCCGCGAGGACAUGUCGUAAACAGCACGGCCGUAAAGCUUACCUGGAGUCCACCAGAUUCCCCAAAUACCAAUCAGAUUAAUUAUGUGCUCUACAGAGAUGAUCUUGGGAUCUAUCAAACCACUGACUAUUACCCCUACAGUAUACAGCACUACCUGGAUAGAUCUCUUCAGCCAUAUACUAUCUACACCUAUCAUAUCACUGCUAGAAAUAUCCAUGGAUCCAUCAGCAGUACCAAUGUCACCUAUCAGACCAGAGCCGGCCCACCAUCUGGAGAAAUAGAGUUAAGCUUAGUGCAUCCUGUGGGUCAGUACUCUGCUUCAAUGAACUGGACUUAUAUUCCAGAUGCUCUUGGACCUGUUGAGACAUUCAGGCUAGUCUACACAUUACAAGGGUCAUUGGAGUCAAAUAUGGCUUAUGAGGGCCAGGAGACACAGGUCACGGUUCAUAAUUUAUCACCCUUCACCAAGUAUAAUUUUUCACUACAUGCGUGUAAUUCUGAGGGCUGCCUACAGAGUUUACCAAUCACAGUGGUAACGGCUCAAGCACCUCCUGCAGAUCAGAGUCCACCAGUGGUCCAAAAUUCAAGCUCUACAGAUCUUCACCUCCAAUGGUCACCACCACUACAACCUAAUGGAGUUGUUAUAAGGCACGAGCUGUAUAUGAGAGAUUUACACCAGAUCAUUGAAAGGCGAGUUUUCCAUGCAAGUGGAUGGCUGAACCCUCAGCCGGUGGUGGAGUCUGAGAAUGAGAAUGCAUUGAUGCCCCCAGUGACCCAUGCGGUGAUCACCAACCUGGACCCCAAUACAGAAUAUGAGUUUUGUGUUGUGACCACUAACAUGGCUGGUAGUGUGGCUUCAGAAUGGGUGGUAGUAAAAACAGCAGAAGCAGAACCGAUAUACAUGCCAUCUCCAUCUGUGAUUCCUCUUACAUCGAACGCUCUAAAUGUGUCUUGGGAGAAGCCGAGCAACAACGUAGCCAGAGGAGAAAUCACCGGUUAUACAGUUAACAUGGUAUUGGCUGACCAAGUGGAGGAAACAGAUGUAAAGGGAGCUUCUUCUAAGGUGUUAUAUGUAGCGGAGAGUCAUGAAGUAUAUUAUGAAGUGACAGCACUACAGGCCUAUCAUGAUUACGCCUUCACCAUCACCCUCUGCAAUAAGAUUGGUUGUGUAACAAGUAAACCUGUGCUCGGGAAGACUGUAGCUUCAGCCCCAGAAGAAAUAAAGCCACCAGUGGUAGAGGGAAUCAAUAGCACUGUAAUGAAGAUUACUUGGUCUGCUCCUGGAAAACUUAAUGGUCCUCUGCCAUUCUACCAGCUAGAGAGGAUUGAGCCAUCACUGACCAUACAAGACAGGACAACCUUCAUCAAAGGAGCUCACUUCCCAGGACACGGCUACGUCAGAUUCUCAUCGUCCUCUUUGCCAGGAAACACAUAUUUCACAGGUAUUAACAUACAAUUCAGAACAAAGGAAGCGGAGGGUUUGAUUAUGUGUGCUGUGUCAGCUGGAACGCAAGAAGAAUACAUUGUGCUUCAAAUAAGGAAUGGACGUCCUUACUUCCUUUUUGAUCCACAGGAUUCGGCAGUGGCAGUAACUCCCACGAAUGACAAAAACAGGCUUUACAAUGACGGCAACUGGCAUCAGAUCAUUGUUACAAGAAAUGGAGCUUCAGGAACUAUAACUGUGGAUGAAGAAUAUUCAGGCUCUACGUCAGGCCCAGGCAGUGGCACGGUUAUUGGUGAAAAUACCGGUGUGUUUGUUGGAGGCCUUCCUGCAAACUUCUCUGUCAAAAGAAAAGACGUUGGUGACACACAAAUAAUCCAGAAGGGUUUUAUUGGCUGCCUUGGUGACGUAUUCAUACAGAAAAGUGACAGUCCCGAGGAAUGGCAGCUCCUAGACUGGGAUAAAGCUGAAGAACAUAAUAAUGUUUAUGAGAAAUGGGAGGGAUGUCCAGAGUCUCCUGAGGAGGGUGCACAUUUUUUAGGCUUUGGCUUCCUUGAACUGGAUGCUUCUGUAUUUCCUGGUCACACAGAAAAUGAAAUAUCAUUUAGGUUCAAAACUGACCAGCUGAGGGGCCUCCUGCUUUUCAUAUACAAUACAGAUGGACCAGAUUAUAUCCUGGUUCAGGUAGAUAAUGGGAACCUUACUGUAAAAUAUAAAAGUCAUUCUUCACUGUUACAAAUCAAUCUUUGGGCCGGACUUUCAUACUGCGAUGGCCAAUGGAACCACAUGUCAAUGAAAACAGAGGCUGAACAUUUCUAUGUACGGCUCAAUAACUUGAUAGAACGGAUGGAUGAGCCUGAAGCUCUUGAGAUAAGGGUUAAUUCUCCCAUCUACAUUGGAGGAGUCCCAGAUCAUGUACAAACCUUAUUCCCAGAACUUCAUAUGCAACAAGGGUUUGGCGGUUGCUUGACAGAGGUCAGUUUUGCGCAGGGUGUAAUAGUUAACAUGGCAUCAGCGUCUAGGUUUGCCGUCAGAGUCAGUCUGGAUGGAUGCCCGUCAUCUGAAAACUCCAUAAACUGCAGAGGAAACGACUCCACCAUCAUCUACAGGGGAGAGGAGGAGGACGCUCAUGACUACAGUGUGCAACCAUUUACAGAAUAUUUGUAUCGUCUGAUUGCGUCAAAUGAAGGAGGAUCGGGGACAAGUUCUUGGGGUCGAGGCCGUUCCAAAGCGGAUUUUCCACCCAGUAGACUGAUUCUUCUAGAAGUUCUUCAACUCAGUGGAACAAGUGUGGAGGUGACCUGGAAAAGACCUACUGGGUUCAGAGGAAUCAUUGAACGCUAUGUUUUAUCAGCAGAACCAGAGAACAAUCCAAAUGUAUCUACAACCCAAACUGUGCUUCUAGACACCACUCAAGCUAAUGGCACCCUGACAGGCUUAGCGCCCUUUACGAAAUACGCGGUAACGUUAUCCGUGUGCACUAUAUCUGGAUGCAACGUGAACUCCCGUGUUCUGAACAUCACCACUCUCCAAGAAGCACCAGGUGAUGUCCAACCACCGACUGCAGAAUCUCUUCCUUUUUCUUUAUAUCUAAACUGGUCUCCACCCAGGAACCCAAAUGGAAUUAUCACAAGAUACAUUUUAUACAUGGAUGGAGUUCAGGUUCACACUGGGAAAGAGACAGGAUACAUUGUUACCGGAUUGGCAGCUUUCACUGCGCAUUGGUUUUUGUUGUCUGCAUGUACGGUGUCCGGAUGUACGAACAGUUCUCGAGUCACCAUGACUACUGCACAGCUUCCUCCAAAAUAUGUCGCUCCACCAGUGCUUAGGGUGCUGGAUUCUACAAGGAUCCACGUCAGAUGGAAAGAGCCGGAGAUAAUGAAUGGUAUACUUGAGUGUUACAUGCUUUAUAUAUCUGAGAACAUGGGAAGUCUCUGGACCACCAUCUAUAACAGUACCGAGCUGUUCCUAGAUCACACUAUCCAGGGGUUAACACCAGGAACCAAAUACUUCAUAAAACUGAGUGCUUGUUCCGGAGGAGGAUGUACAGAGAGUGGCAUCAGUGAGGCUUCCACCAUGGAGGGUCUACCAGAAGGCAUCGGGCCACUCAAUAUCCAGUCACAUUCUCCUGGAUCUUUUCAUAUUUCUUGGUCAAAACCCCAAUCCCCAAAUGGUGUUAUAACAUCUUAUGGGCUGUACAUGGAUGGAAUCUUAAUGCAGAACUCUUCACGUCUAAGUUAUUUUGUAGACGGCUUGGCUCCCUGGAGUAAACAUUCCUUCAGGCUCCAGGCUUGUACUGCAAAAGGCUGUGCCUUAGGUGAAAAGGUUGUGGUCUAUACUCAAGAAUCUGAGCCAGAAGGAACUGUUUCAGUCCAUGCGAAUGUAAACGGGCCAAAGGAUGUCCAGCUGAAAUGGCAAGGACCUGAAAAGCCCAAUGGCCUUAUUACAUACGAUGUCAUUUUUAAUGGCUUGUUUUAUGAAAAAGAAGGUGAUGAUAUCCUCAGUAUCACCAAUUCAAGCCGGAUCCUCUAUCAGAGCCAAGAGAGUGAUGAAUGGGUCUUGGUGGACGGUCUUGUCCCCUUCUCUACAUACACCGUCAGAGUCAACGCAUCCAAUAGCCAAGGUCGUGUUUCUAGUGCCCCCAUUAUAAUCACAAUGCCCCCUGGAGCUCCAGAUGGUGUCCUGCCUCCGAGGCUUUCAUCUGCUACCCCGACCAGUCUUCAGGUUGUCUGGUCUUCACCAGUUCGAAAUAACGCUCCUGGCUUACCCCUCUAUCGGCUCCAGAUGAGAUCGACAAAUCCCACCAACAAAAUCACGGAUCAGUUUUCAGGCCCGAGCUUCUCCUUCACGUAUACUGUUAAAAAUCUUCAACCCUACACCACGUAUCAACUCAGGAUGAUGGCCUCUAAUGCCUAUGGAGAGACCUACAGCAAAUGGACCAGCAUGUCUACAGAACAAGACAAACCAGGAUCUGUUGACCCGCCUCGUCUCUUCCAAGUCAAAUCAAGAUCUAUAACUAUAACAUGGCAACACCCAACAAAACCCAAUGGAAUUAUAAGUCAUUAUAACAUUUACCAAAAUGGAAGCUUGGAGAUGACUGUGCCAGGAAACAUAUCUAGUCACACAUUCCGUGAUUUAUCUCCCUACACAAUUUACCUGUAUGGGAUAGAAGCAUGCACAUUGGCUGGGUGUUCUCUAUCAGAGGAGCCGAUAGUCAUAGAGACCUUUCCAGAUGCCCCAAGUGAUGUUCUACCACCUGAUCUCCAGUCUGAUAGCCCAACAUCUGUGUUAGUAAGAUGGCGACCUCCGCUCCACCCAAAUGGUGUAAUAGAAAGCUUUAGUAUUGAAAGAAGGCUCAAAGACACCGAACAUGUGGAAAUUAUAGUGACGGUACCAGGCAAUCACCGAAUGCAGUAUGUAGACCAAGCAAAUGACAUUAACCCAUGGAAGACAUAUGAAUAUAGAAUGAUUGCUACAACUUUUAAUGGUGGAACAAACUACAGUGCCUGGGUGGAGGUCACAACAAGACCAUCAAGACCGGUGGGAGUGCUGCCACCAGAAGUGAAUACAUUAGGUCCAUAUACAGCAAAGGUCACUUGGAUUCCUCCGCUCAGACCCAAUGGAGAUAUAUUAAGCUACGAGAUCCGCAUGCCAGAUCCUCGGAUCCUCCUGACUGACCCCACUGUCCUGAAUUAUAUAAUGACAAAUCUGAUCCCAUACACUAACUAUUCUGUGACCCUUGUGGUCUGUUCUGGAGGGGGGUCAGAUCACGGUGGGUGUACAGAGAGCCUGCCGACCUACGCCACCACGCAGUCUGCACCUCCCGAGGGCAUUCGCCCGCUAUCAGUGAUACCAGUUAGCGAUACUUUCAUUGCUAUUUCAUGGCAACCUCCUUUACGGCCUAAUGGACCAGAUAUAAGAUAUGAACUCCUGAGACGUACAAUCCUGCAACCACUUACAUCAAAUCCCCCUGAAGAUUUAAAUCUGUGGCAGAAUAUUUACUCAGGAACUCGGUGGUUCUGUGAAGAUAAGGGUCUUAGCAGGUAUACCUUUUAUGAGUACAAGCUGAUUGUGUACAAUUCUGUAGGAUAUACAUCCGGCCCAGAAGUACAAGCAACAACCCUUCCAGGCCCCCCUAAAUGGGGAAGUGAUCUGACUGUGAAGGCCAUAAACCACACUGCUGUAGAAGCCUUCUGGACCAAACCCUCCGUACAAGAUCUACAAGGAGAUGUCGAUCAUUACACCCUGGUCCUACAGUCACCCACAUAUAACCGGUCGCUGACGUUCCAGGCGAAUGUGAACCGAGCAGUGAUUGGCGGAUUACGCCCAAACACCGACUAUCACCUCUAUGUGGAGGUCUCCAAUGGGCCGCACAGUAUCAGCAGCGGCUGGGCACAUGUGACCACCUUAGAUGGAGAGCCUGAGGGUCUGCUCCCUCCAGAGGUUGUGGUAAUCAACAGUACAGCUGUACGUGUCAUCUGGUCGUCCCCUUCCAAUCCAAAUGGCGUUGUCACAGAAUAUUCCGUCUACGUGAGUAAUAAGGUCUACAAGACGGAAAGAGAGACGCCUUAUGCCUUUAUAGUGGGAGACCUGGCUCCAUAUACAGUGUACAGUAUACAGGUUGAAGUUUGCACUACAUAUGCCUGUAUAAAGAGCAACGCUACACAAGUGGCAACCGUUGAAGGAUUACCAACAAGCAUACCUUCUCCAACUAUACUGAACGUCACUGCCAGAUCGGUGGAGAUUCAUUGGUCUCCACCGGAAGAACCUAAUGGAAUUAUUCUCGGGUACGAGCUCAGAAGGAGACAUACACAUCCCUGUAAUUUAAUGAAGAUACGGACAAUGUAUAACAAUGGGAAUUACUGCUUGUUUGUCAAAUGCAAGAAAGGAGAAGACAUUUGUGGAGAGAAGUGCUACAACCCUCAGCAGCAGGUGUGUUGCCGUGAAGUUUUGCAUGACAGAAAGGACGGAUAUGAGUGCUGUGAACAGGACUACAUUGCAUCCAUUGACAACGCAUCACGUACAUGUUGUGCAGGUCAGGUUUACGUGGUGAAGCACGACCACCACUGCUGCGGAGGAUAUUACGUCAAACUUCAUGCUGGUGAGGUCUGCUGUUACGACAGAACACAGAACAGAGUGUCUAUUGGGAUUGGAGACUCCUGUUGCGGGGAUAACCCAUAUCCUAAGGCCGGAGCUCAGGCCUGCUGUGGAGGAUCACUCCAUGAUGGCUUUACUCAGCGGUGUUGCGGGGGUAGAAUAAUCCCGCCAGACUUUGUCUGCUGUGGUAAUGAACAGGAGGGAUCUCUGUAUAGGAAGUCGCUGGGGAUGUCCUGCUGCGGGGAAGACUAUGUGAAUAUGUCAGACACAACCUGCUGUCCAGGACCUAAUGGACAAUUUAAAGCACAUCUAAAGUUAAAUAAUGGAAUUCCAUUAAAAUGCUGUGAAACCGAGCUGAUUACCGAAGAAGAGGAAUGCUGUAAAGGAAUUGGAUAUAAUCCAGUGACUCAUGUUUGUUCUGACAAGACAUCGACAGAAAGCUUUAUCACGGAAGAAGGUUGUGAGUCAGCUACCAUGUGCCCCAUUUCAAUGUCCGACACUGCACAUUGUGGACGGUGUCAUUUUAACUUUAGCUCUGAUUCCUGUCACGUGACAAGAGGUGUAAUAAGCAAUAAAAAUAGCACGGUGGAAGAUGAUAACAUUUGUUGGACAGAUGAGGAAAUCGUUUACACCGGAAGAUCAGACCAAUAUUUUUUUACUGAUAGUGGUCUAAACCCUUUCACAAUUUACGAAUAUCGAGUCUUAACCUGGAAUAGUUUUGGCUCCAGUUUCAGCAAUGGGAGCAGCGUCACUACUGAUCAGGAUAUACCUCAAGGACUAAGUCCUCCAAAAUGGACUGUAGUGGAGAAUGGUGAUGGUGUGAUUUUACUGAGCUGGCAGGAACCAAGGAAGAGGAACGGUGUCAUUCAUUAUGUACUACUACGUGAUGGAGUUGAGUGGUUUAAAGGGACUGAGAAACAUUUUGAAGAUCAGAGUGGGAUCCAAUCGUAUAAAGAAUAUGUAUAUCAACUGAGGGCAUGUACUGUAGCCGGCUGUAUACACAGUGCAAAGGUGACUGCUACCAUCAAACAAGGCAUCCCAGAGAACAUCCCUCCACCUAUUAUUGUCACAAUGAACUCUACAGCUUUAUAUCUCAGCUGGAUGGCUCCCAAAAGGCCAAAUGGUAGAAUUAAAGAAUAUCAGAUUCACCAGGCUGGGAAAGGAAUUAUCUAUGUGAUGAGUAUGGGAAAGAAGCAAUAUACUGUGUCAGGUCUUCAACCAUAUACAAAAUAUCUCUUCUUCCUGACAGUCUGCACUCCUGUAGGAUGUAAUAGCAGUGAGAUGACAUCAGGCUACACAUCACAAGCUCCUCCUCAAGGAGUUUGGCAGGAUCCUCACCACGUCACAAUCAAUUCAUCAGCACUGGAACUAUAUUGGAGGGAACCGGAGAAGCCCAAUGGGAUGAUUUCUGAGUAUAGACUGAUACGGAACGGGACAGUCAUUUCCACAAGAAGUGGUGAAUAUCUGAAUUUCACUGAUCUUGGCCUACAGCCCAACAGCAGCUAUUCCUACGAGCUGGAGGCUCAAAAUGAAGCAGGGAGCAACAUCAGUCGUGUCUAUAUGGUGGAAACUCCCGAGAAGACUCCAGAGCAAAUCCCCAUUCCUUAUAACAUCACUGUCCUGGGACCAUAUUCAGCUUUUGUAGCUUGGGAUGAUCCAGGGGUGUAUGACCCCAACGUCCCCCUGGAGUUCAGAGUUGUGUUGAAUGCUGGGAGGAGUGAAGCCCAGGUUCAUCCAGCUGGAGAACAACAUUUUAUCAUUUUAGAAGACUUGAUCCCGGGUGCUGAGUUUUCCCUCCGGUUACAGGCCUGUCAACUUGGUAGAUGUGGAGUCAGCAGGGUCACCUCCAUCAUAACUGCAGAAGCAGCGCCAGAAGGUCUUGAUCCACCAGAACUUAUUGCAGCCGGCCCAAAUGUUAUUAAGAUUACAUGGAAAGCACCAAAGAAACCAAAUGGAACCAUAAGGAAAUACAUAAUUCACAGGAGUCCUGCUGGAAGCCAUGAAAACACAAUAACAUCAGUCUCUGUGCCCGGUGAGAUUUCCGAAUACAUGGAUACUUCAGAAGACCUCCGACCUUACACUCAGUAUACAUACUCCAUCACAGCGCAAAACAGCCAGGGCGACCUGCAGAGUUCAUGGUCAGGUGUCCGCACAGAUGAAGCCCCUCCUGAAGAUUUAGCUCCACCAACAUCCGAAGUAAUAAGUGCGUAUUCUGUGCAUCUCACCUGGACGGCCCCCACAAGACCCCAUGGAGUUAUAAGACAAUAUGUUAUCCUGUAUCAGGAGACAAGUGACUCUACAUCAGCCACAUCCUCUGGGUCAUCCAUAACAAUGCCGGGAACAACAUAUCAGGCCAACGUGUUUGGGUUACGUCCUUUUUCAUCGUACCAAAUCUGUAUCAAGGCUUCCAACAGUGCCGGUACCACUUCUAGUUCAUGGAUUUCUAUAAAGACGAAGGAGGCUGCACCAGGUGCCCUUAACCUUACUGUGGACAACACAGAAGACGGCCGAGCAUUACACCUCAAAUGGUCUCAGCCAACUAGGACAAAUGGAGUAUUGAUGAUGUAUAACGUAUACAGCGAUGGCAAUCUUGAAUACAGCGGUUUAUCCAAACAGUUUCUGCUCCGUCGCCUAGAACCCUAUACCGUAUAUACAUUGGAACUUGAAGCUUGUACCGCAGCCGGCUGCACCCAAACUCUCCCCCGUCAUGUCCAGACAGAUGAAGCGUCUCCGUCAUCUCAGCUCUCACCCCAAAUCAAACCUCUUAAUUCUACCCACAUUAAACUAACCUGGACGCCUCCAGUUCAGCCGAAUGGAAAAAUUAUACAAUAUGAUAUAAUUAAAAGGUACACACUGGAAAAUUCUAUGGGGAACCAGAAGAACGUAGCUGAAAGUAUGGUCUUUAGAGAGCUGAACACCGAGCCUAUGGCGUUUACCUAUACAGACGGAGGACUGAAACCUUGGACCGAUUAUGAGUAUAAGGUCCGGGCAUGGAACUCUGCUGGAUACACUGAUAGCACAUGGAUCGUUGGUCAAACCAGUCAAGCAGCUCCCACUUUUGUUCUUCAGCCUAAGUUAUUCUAUGAUACGAAAAAUCCCAACCACAUUAGUAUCCAGUGGACCAAGCCAGAAGAAGACAAUGGCCAGAUACUGUAUUACAAGUUGCAGAAAAAUAAUAUAACACUACCCUUUAAUUUUGACUAUGCCACAUUAAAUUAUACAGAUGAAGAUUUGCUGCCUUAUUCAGAGUACGCUUACUCUGUAGUAGCUUGUACAUUGGGAGGUUGUACCAUAAGUGAUCCCACACACAUCAGAACCUUAGAAGGUCCACCAGGAGCACUAAUUCCACCCAAAGCGGAGGCCCUCAGUGCAACAGAAGUCAAUGUAUCUUGGUCUACACCGACAAUUCGUAAUGGGGAAAUCACUAAAUAUAUUGUUAAAGUGGACAAAGAAACUUACUACGCUGGAACAAUAUUAUCAAUGGUCAUUUCCAAUCUCCAACCCUUCACCAUCUAUAAUAUCAGUUUGGUUGCUUGCACCAACGGUGGCUGUACAAGUAGCUCGAACAUAAUGGUCAGAACCAAGGAAGCUCCUCCACUACACAUGAAAGAACCAGUAUUUGUAGUUACGAGUUCACAGUCUACUAAGGUCUCAUGGCAAAGUCCUGACAAAUCUAAUGGGGAAAUCACAAAAUAUGAGCUACAUAGAGAUGGUCAACUGAUCUAUACGGGUUUGGAUACUCACUAUCAUGACUUUGGGUUGGAACCAGGAACAGAAUAUACUUACACCAUACAAGCCAGCAAUAGCAAGGGGAGCUGUGUAAGCUUGCCUGCAAAUAUCAGGACCCAGCCGUCCUCACCUUCUGGUAUGGAGCCACCAGGACUUCAUGGAAGAAGUGCCCAUGAGAUGUUGAUUACUUGGAGAGCUCCUCUGAAGGCCAAUGGGGUCAUACUCAACUAUACGCUUCAUGUUCAUCAACCAGCGGAAAUGAAGGAUUUACAAUACACAUUUAAUAACUCCUUUCAGAAUGAUCAGUCUUUUGUAAUAAAGGACCUAAAACCUUAUGCACAGUAUGAAGCGAGGGUGGAAGCCUGCACUCUGCUCGGAUGUGCUGUAAGUGAGUGGAUGACUGGUCAUACCUUGGAGGCUCCCCCAGAAUCACAACCUGCUCCGCUAAUCGAUGUCCAGAAAAACACCCAAGCUCCAUUUCUGGCCUGGAAUGGUCCUCAACAACCAAAUGGGAAAAUCAUAAGAUAUGAUGUCUACCGCAGGAGGCUAAAUGACCCCCAAGAAAUGUUGACCCCUGUGGUGGUUUUCAAUGGGUCCUCAUUGUCAUUUCAGGAAGUGGAAUUGCUGCCAUAUACAGAGUAUGAGUAUCAGGUCUGGGCUGUGAAUUCUGCAGGAAGGACGUCCAGCUCCUGGGCACAUUGUAGGACCGGACCUGCUGCCCCGGAAGGUCUACGGGCACCAGCUUUCCACAAAGUGUCAUCUACAUCGGUGGUUGCAAAUAUAACCCCUCCGACUAAGCCAAACGGUGUAGUCAUCCUCUACAGGCUGUUCUCCAGGACUGGCAAGGGAGAGGACACUGUGGCAUCUGAAGGAACAUCCAACCAGCAGACCAUUCAUGAUUUGAAGCCCUUCACCAACUACUCCAUAGGCGCUGAGGCCUGCACAUGUCUGCAUUGUUGCAGUAAAGGUCCCGUCGCUCGGCUUACGACUCUCCCGGAUUCGCCUUCCAACCAGCGACCUCCACACGUUACGCAUAAAACUUCAAGGGCAGUGUCACUGUGGUGGAGUGUGCCGGGGUCACCUAAUGGCAUUAUUCAAAGGUAUGAAGUCCACACACUGGUGACCUGUCCUCCAUCAAUGGUCCAUACUGUUGGGGAAUUUUGCGUCGAAGGAGGCUUGGAAGUGAAAUAUUCUGGCGAGGAGAAGUCAUGUGACGUUACAGAUCUGCAGCCAUUCACCACAUACAAGCUGAGGGUGACUAGCUACAACUCAGAAGGAAGUGCUGACUCUGACUGGGUCCAUGUCACAACCUUAAAAGAAAAACCAGAGUACAGAACCCCCUUCCAUGUUUCCAGCAAUAUAACCACCAUAUUCCUGGACUGGAGACAGAGCUUCCAGCUUAAUGGGCAGCUAAAGGAGUUUGUCCUGACGGAGAGGGGGCAGCGUGUGUACAGCGGCCUGGACCCCAGUGUAUUCAUCCAGAAGAUCACAGAUAAAACCUUCUAUUUCCAGGUGAAGUGCACAACGGAUAUGGGAAGUGUGAGCACGCCAAUAGUGAAAUACAGCUCCGCCACGGGACUAGCUCCUGAACUAUCAAAUCCAAGCACAAAGAACGGGAUGGAAGCGAGAGGGAAUGUCGUCUACAUGGAGCUUUGGUUCAUACUCCUGAUGGCUUUAUUGGCCUUACUGCUGCUGGCCAUUCUCCUGUCACUUAUUCUAAAGAGGAAGCUAACCAAACAGCCAUGUCCGAGAGAGCGGCCGCCACUAGUGCCACUCCAACAGCGAAUGUCUCCGGCAAGUGCUUACUCAGAAAGCGACACGUAUGCGAAACGCUCAGUCUCUGGUAGUCAGCAGCCUCUUCUGAAAUGUCCUGUUUCUCAAGUCUCUUAUUCGCCAAUACAUAUUGAAAAUAAUGCAGAACAGGGAAUAUCGGACAUGAAGAUUUCAGGAGUGGAGACUCACACGAGCCAUAAUACAAUGAUGGUGAGGAAAACCAGCCAAAGUCAGAUCAGCCACAGCUUCUCCCAAAACUCCUUGUACCGCAGCGCCAGUCAACUCAUAGCUCCCCAUGAUAAGAAGUCCAUCCUAGAUAGCUCCAUAUGGGACAGCAUCAUUCAAGGUCAUGACAGUGGAAUGUUUAUGGAUGAUGAAGAUCUCCUCAGCACCAUAAAGAGCUUCAGCACCGUGACUAAGCAGCACACGGCCUUCACCGACACACCGCUAUAACACUGGAAGCAUCUAUGGCAGUGGUCUCCAACCUGCGGACCUCCAG